GAAACGCGAGGGGGGGCGGGGAGGAGAAGGAAGCCGGGACCCGGGGCUGGAGGCGGGCGGAGGCCGCGAGUGGAGCCUCAGGAAACAGAAAGGGCGGGGAAAAGCGCGAUUGACGCAGUAUGCGGACCAAUGAAAAGCGGGCUCUGGCGGGCCUCCGGCCAAUGGGCACAAGGGCCUGGUGCGGAGGGCGGGCGCUCAGGCCGAGGGUAGCUUGAGCGCGGCGGCGGCGUUGUUCAGUCAGAGCGAGAACAUUCCAGAGGUCGCCAGGCUCCGGCGCUGACGGGUGUGGACCCCGGACGUCGCUGGGACAGCCCCUCCCCGCUGCUCGGCGGCGGCACCUGGCCCGGCCGCUCCUCCGCUGCGCUCCGCCGCCGCCUCCGCCGACUCGGACUCGGGUUUAUAACGUGCCUCACUUCAUCCCAGUCCCGGGCGAGCAGCGUUGGGUUUAUGUCUUUAUUUGACGAAAACGAGCUGUUGCGCAGCCAUUGGUACCUGUAUUGGGGAAACAUAGCAUACAAGCAAGAAGCUUACAGCCUCAGUGGCGAAAAUUUUUUCAUGUCAGAGACCGAGAACUCUUGCAGUCGUUUAUGUCAUCCCUUCUUCUCCAGACAGAAGAUACCAAAAAGUUGCAAUCAAAGAUCUCUUCAUCGUAUUGAUAAAGCCACUAAUAAGCCAAAAUGUCUGUCAACGUCAACCGCAGUGUGUCAGACCAGUUCUAUCGCUACAAGAUGCCCCGUCUGAUUGCCAAGGUUGAGGGCAAAGGAAAUGGAAUCAAGACAGUUAUAGUCAACAUGGUUGACGUUGCAAAGGCGCUUAAUCGGCCUCCAACGUAUCCCACCAAAUAUUUUGGUUGUGAGCUGGGAGCACAGACCCAGUUUGAUGUUAAGAAUGACCGUUACAUUGUCAAUGGAUCUCAUGAGGCGAAUAAGCUGCAAGACAUGUUGGAUGGAUUCAUUAAAAAAUUUGUUCUCUGUCCUGAGUGUGAGAAUCCUGAAACAGAUCUGCAUGUCAAUCCAAAGAAGCAAACAAUAGGUAAUUCUUGUAAAGCCUGUGGCUAUCGAGGCAUGCUUGACACACAUCAUAAACUCUGCACAUUCAUUCUCAAAAACCCACCUGAGAAUAGUGACAGUAGUACAGGAAAGAAAGAAAAGGAAAAGAAAAAUAGAAAGGGCAAAGACAAGGAAAAUGGCUCUGUAUCCAGCAGUGAGACACCACCACCACCACCACCAAAUGAAAUCAGUCCUCCACAUGCUGUGGAAGAAGAGGAGGACGAUGAUUGGGGGGAGGAUACAACUGAGGAAGCUCAAAGGCGGAGAAUGGAUGAAAUCAGUGACCAUGCAAAAGUUCUGACACUCAGUGACGAUUUGGAAAGAACCGUUGAAGAGCGCGUAAAUAUCCUGUUUGAUUUUGUCAAGAAAAAGAAAGAAGAGGGUAUUAUUGACUCAUCUGACAAAGAAAUUGUUGCUGAAGCAGAAAGACUGGAUGUAAAAGCCAUGGGCCCUCUUGUUCUUACUGAAGUUCUAUUUAAUGAGAAGAUUAGAGAACAAAUUAAGAAAUACAGGCGCCAUUUCCUACGAUUCUGUCACAACAACAAAAAAGCUCAACGGUACCUUCUUCAUGGUUUGGAGUGUGUGGUAGCAAUGCAUCAAGCUCAGCUCAUCUCCAAGAUUCCUCAUAUCUUGAAGGAGAUGUAUGACGCAGACCUUUUAGAAGAGGAGGUCAUCAUCAGCUGGUCGGAAAAGGCCUCUAAGAAGUAUGUCUCAAAAGAACUUGCCAAAGAGAUUCGUGUCAAAGCAGAACCAUUUAUAAAAUGGUUGAAGGAGGCAGAGGAAGAAUCUUCUGGUGGUGAAGAAGAUGAUGAAGAUGAGAACAUUGAGGUGGUGUAUUCGAAGACUGCCAGUGUACCGAAAGUUGAAACUGUGAAGUCUGAUAACAAGGAUGAUGACAUUGAUAUUGAUGCCAUUUAAAGGGAUGGAUGCAACCUAGCUUAACAAUGUAAUGCUGCAAAUUUUUCUCAUUUAUCAGCCAGAAGUGCAACAUGUAUGUGCAAAAAGCUAAAAUGGCUUAACAUCAUGCUACACUUUAUACUAAAAAUCUGUUACUGUGAGUGGUCUGUAAUUAAGCCCAAUGAGACAUCUAGGGAGUCCAUACACAAAUCAGUGAGCAGAUGUAGUUUGCUUAUUUAUAGCAUGUUUCUUUUUGAAAAACUAGUGGUGGACACAUUUGGAUCACAUUUAUACAGUUAUAAAGAUAUUUGAUUUUGGUCAUUCUUCAGAUUUUUGGCUCUGAAUGACUUAAGCUGAAGCAAUAGGCUCCUUUUUAAAAUGUUGCACCAUUGUUUAACUGAUAGCAUUCUUGGAGCCUGUUAGGUAUUAGGUGCUGAGACCAUAAAGAGGUCUUAAGCAGAAGGUAAAACAAACUUACUUGUAAUUACCUUAAUUCAGCCAUUAAGAAAUAUAGUACUUUAUAAGUUUCCUCUAGUCCCUCAAAUUGGCAUCUGAUAAUGUAUAUUCUGAGGUAAACUGAGACAGUACAACAUCUUACUGAGAAGUAAAAAUGUUCUGAGUGUCCUAUAAAUAAUUGUAAGAGCAGGACUUGAAAUUUGGAAUUGUGUUUUUUUCAAUUUGUGUACACUUGCCCCCAAUUUGUAGUCUUUGAAGUCAUGUGCAUUGCACGUCGGAUGAGCCAGGGAAAUUAUUACAUUAACAAAUAAGCAUUUUAUGUGUAUGUAGUGGUUGCUUUGUACUGAGAUAAAAACUCACUUUGGGGUGUGAUUAAAUAUUAAACUAUGAUUUCUACUUGGGGGAAACAGGAAAAGGUGCACUUAAUCUCUGGCAAAAACUAAGCAUAAUUUUUCAGCUUUUGUCCUUAUGGUUUAAAUUAUAAUUUCAAAAUGUUUAGACUUUAUCUUUUGUUCGGUGUGGGUUUCUUUUCCCCUUAUGGUUUGUUCUUUAAUGCCUUUUACAUUUGGAUGUGUAGCUUAUGCUUUUUAGAUUUUGGUUGCUAUCUUGCCAAAAUAAGUGUUACUGUGUUUCAAACUUGAUAUUUUUUCCCCAAAAAAUGUCUUAUUUAAAAAGAAACAAAGCUAAAAGCAUACUUCUAAGUCAGAGCCUCUAUUUUGGUGUAAGACUUGGGAUAAUUUUUACUUCACAUUGAAUAUAUCCAGGCACCCAAGAAGUCUGUGAUGAUGGCCACUGAGUGCAAGGACAGGGGCCUGAGCCAGCCCAUCUAGGGCUUUACAUUUGGACACAUGAGAGUUAAUAACUUGUGAACUCCUUGCCCAAUUGGCUGAUCUGAACUCGGUAGGGGUUCUUGAUGAUAUUUGAGUAAUCACCUUCCAGGGAAACACUUUACUGCAUUUAAUUCCUUUCCACAAAAAGUGCACAGUGGAAAUUAAGAAUGCAUAUGGUUAGUUUUGUUUGGAGCACUGGCUUACAUCAUUCACCUGUCAUUUCUUUGUGACCCAUCUCACAGAUUGAGACCUUAAUAACAAAUUCUUUUGCAUUGAAAUUAUACAAACAUUUGAUGUAAUAAAAUCUUGUUAGCUUGAUAUCUUAAGGAAUUGAAACCUAGCAGUCUUACUGGAGAGGUAAGAAUUGGCCUCCAGCUGCCUUUUGAUAGAUUCUGGUGAGAGAGGAGCAGGAGCCACAUACCCAGAGGGGAAUGUGCUUUGACACACCAAAGAGAAGAUGUUUUUUGCAAAUUCACAUGUUGCCUAGGUUUCAAAUUCUUGCUGCAAGGCCGAUUUGCUUUCAUUAACUGAAAUUCUGGUGAUCUAAGCUAAGUUGCAUUCAGCAUACUCAGUGUCAAGCUAAUGAGGUUCUGUUAUAAAGCUUUUACUUUUUAAUCUGAAGGAAAACAUGUUCAGGGCUUCUAAACACUAAAGAGAAAAUUUUGGCUUAGACCAGUGUUCAGUCUGGUGCCAAACUUACAAUGGAGUUCAAAUUCAUAUAACCUGAGCUUUAUUCACAGGUUAUCCUAAUAGAGUAAUUCUUCACUUUGCUCUAUUGAACUGUCUUAAAAUUUCCUGUUUCAAACAGCUAAGUUACUUGAUUAAAACAAUGUUAAAAUUA